GUCACGCCCACGAGGGUCGCGCCUCCCCUGCGGCGCACGGCCUGACGACUACUUCACCACUGUCCAGUCCCCACCCGCUUGCCACUCGACCACAACCACCACCGCUGCCCUUGUCGCCCCCCGUCGCCCGCACACCCUCCCACCGCUACUCGCAUCGCCAGAAUGAGGUCCAAGUUCAAGGAUGAGCACCCCUUCGAGAAGCGCAAGGCAGAGGCGGAGCGCAUCAGGCAGAAGUACCCAGACAGGAUUCCCGUCAUCUGCGAGAAGGCAGACAAGACGGACAUCCCGACAAUAGACAAGAAGAAGUAUCUCGUACCAUCAGAUCUCACUGUCGGGCAGUUCGUGUAUGUCAUCCGAAAGCGUAUCAAGCUGGCGCCUGAGAAGGCCAUCUUCAUCUUCGUCGAUGAAGUGCUUCCACCCACUGCGGCACUGAUGAGCGCGAUCUACGAGGAGCAUAAGGACGAGGAUGGCUUCUUGUACGUCAGCUACUCAGGAGAGAACACAUUCGGGUCGCGAUGAGCAUAGAAGUUGCUCAUUUCCUUACGCGUUAUCACUGCCUGGAUGUACGUCUUCCCAUUCGGACUGAUAAGGAGUAGAAGUUGAUGGAGGGCCGGGGUUGUGCUGCUCAUGUUCGUCUACUAUCUUGUCGAUUGUGACGGCCUUCGUAGUUCCUCCUCUCGCUGCGCCUUCGUGCGAGACUUACUCGUCUUCGGAGGAUCUGCCGUUGUAUUUAUAUCAUACCAUCUCGCACCCGUCUCGCAGAACAGCAAUUAUGACUGAAUGUAUCAUGACUUUUGACGACAUCCU